AUGUCAACUACUGUCCAAGACGUGAUUUUGCACUGGUAUCCCGAGUCUCCUUUCUCCCAAAAGGUUGCUUGGGUCUUGAACUACAAAAAGAUUGAUUACAAGGUCGUUUUGAUCGACAGAUGCGAGCCUCGUCCUUUGCGCAGACCUCUUGAUGGUGGCUACAGAAAGACACCUAUUCUGCAAAUUGGCAACCAUGUCUAUUGCGAUACCAAGGCCAUUUUCCUUGCAAUAGAGAAAUAUUUUCCCGAGAACAGCCUCUAUCCCAAGCUUACCACUAACCCUGAUGUCUCUUCCGAAGCUGUUGCUAGAGGCUUGACUGUUUGGAUGGACAAUACCUUGUUCUUCAAUGUAGUCUCUCAGAUCCCUCUUAAGGCACUUGAUGAGACUUUUAUCAAGGAUCGCAAUGAUUUAGUUGGCGGUAGAUUCAAUGUGGAUGUGAUGGCAGCCGCUGCUCCUUUUAUGAAGGCCACUCUCAAAGCUGAAUUCAGUGUUGCUGAAAGCAUCCUUGGUGACAAGACUUGGGUUUUGGAUACAGAGACCCCGUCUCUCGUGGACUUCAGUCUCUCCAUGCUGACCUUCUUCUGUUUGAAUUUGGUAGGUGAAAAGUGGGUUCAAACCAACUUGAAGAGUAUUUAUGAGCAUAUGGCUCGAGUGAUGAGUACUUCUAGUUGGGAUGCAACCGAAUCUCGCCUCAAGCUCACUGAAGAAGAGGCUGUUGAGGUUUUAAAGCGUCAUGAGUCUGAUACUCUUGCUGAAGGCUUCGAGAUCCACAGCAGCAUUCUCCCCAUCGAACUGGGUCAAUUGGUGUCUGUUACACCCUUGGAUACUGGAAAGAUCCCUGUGACUGGUACGCUGAUCAGAAGCACCGUUGACGAAACUGUCAUUUCCUACAAGAAUACUGAGCACAACACCACCAGCAUCAUUCAUUUCCCCACCAUUGGCUUCAUUGUUGUCCCCGCUCAAGCUCAAGCCAAAUAA